AACAACCAGAGGUCCUCUCAAUCAAUCACCGACAAACACACGGAGCCAGGCGCUCAUCUCUCGCGAGGAACGACGCCGUUAUCGGAAUCUCUACAAACAACACGAGAAUUCAUCAUUCACACGCUGUGAACAAUGUCAGAGCAAGAGUUGGAUCAAAUUGUGCAAAUAACAGUUGAGGACUUUCACCAGGAUGACCGUACAGACAUGCUGGAUAAUGAAGACAGUGAAGAGAGACCGAAGAAAAAGAGAAAAUUCAGCAACAUCCAAGACAAUAACAGCAACCAAGACAUAUCUUUUAUUAAGAACUUUUUGAUCUCAUUCACUGCAUCAGUCAACCAACGUCUUGAGGGAAUUGAAUCAAAAUUACAGGCUCUGGACGCCACAUGCAAGGCCCUUGGACGUAAACUGGACAGCAUGGUGCCUUGUGCCAAGAGUCCUAUUCAAGUCCCCAUGGUGGCAGGAUCUCCUCAGGGGGCCACACAAACUUGGAAUAAAGUGCGAUGUGUUGUUCCCCAAACAAAUGUAAUAGUAAGCAGUGAGCACCCGAAGGGCUCAAGCCAGGAAGACACUCCACUGGAGAACCUGCUCAGCAAUGCUGUGACCAGGAGGCGUCAGAACACAAUCCUGGUAAAGGUUCCAGGCCCUGAGGAAAGUCAGGAGGAACAGGAAAGCGGCUCAGAAGCCAGUGACUCUGUUUCCAAUGGUGGCCAAUCUGGCAAUGCACAGAAUGGUCAAAAUGUUACGCUUAUCACACUCAACUCAGAGGAUGAUUACCCAGGAGGGACUUGGCUGGGUGACGAAAACAACCCUGAGAUGCGAGUUCGGUGCCCGGUGUCGCCAGCUGAUAUGCUCCAUAUCACCACUAACUGCCGCACAGCGGAGAAGAUGGCACUAACACUUUUGGACUACCUGUUCCAUCGGGAGAUCCAAGCCAUGUCAAACCUCUCUGGACAGGGCAAACAUGGCAAAAAGCAGCUGGAUCCUCUCAUGAUCUAUGGCAUUCGAUGUCACUUAUUUUACAAGUUUGGCAUCACAGAAUCAGACUGGUAUCGCAUCAAGCAAAGCAUUGACUCCAAAUGCCGCACUGCUUGGAGACGCAAACAACGUGGCCAGAGUCUGGCGGUUAAGAGCUUCUCCAAGCGCACACCCCGCACUUCAGUCUCAGAGACAGAAACUGCCCAGAUUGAGACAGCCACCCAACAGACAUUGCACUACACCCUUGCCAAUCAGCAAGUCCAGUUCCAUCGUAUAAGUGAAGAUGGACAAGUUCAGGUGAUUCCUCAAGGUCAGCUGCACAUUGCCCAGGUCCCUCAAGGAGAGGAGGUGCAGAUCACACAGGACAGUGAGGGAAAUCUUCAAAUCCACCAGGUGCAUGUUGGUCAAGAUGGUCAGGUGUUGCGUGGAGCUCAGCUAAUAGCGGUGGCAUCAGCUGAUGGUGGCACCACGGCAGUAGAGGGCUCCUCCCUUCCUCCUGACAUCCAAGUACAGUAUGUUCAACUCGCCCCCGUUGCAGAUCACACCGCUGCUGUACAGGCUGCUGAACUGGCCCCAGCCCUGCAGGCAGACAUGGAGGUGAAAGAGGCCAUCCAGGGCGCCAUCCAGGGUGAAAAUGGAGAGGUGGUACAGAUUGUCACCUCUGUUGCUACCUGAGCAGCCUGUCUAGUGGAGCACAGCCCAGAAUCUGCCUGACAGCAUUGCCAGACAAGUGACAAUGGAAACAUCAGAGGUCAACAAAUGCAUACAGUUUGACAAGCAGUCGUGUUGGAAAUCCUCUGUAGGUCACUGAUCAAACAGAGGAAAUAUGCAUCCUUUUUUUCCCCUGCAAAAUGCUUAUUUCAUUGCCAACCAGAUGUUGCAAUGUGGAAAUGUUCACAGAGAACUUGAAAAGACCAUGAUACUCCAAAAGCAACUGUGAUCUUUUUGGUGUUUUCUUCCCCAGAAAGACCUGGCCCACCACAGAAUACACAGUGGGAUUAUCCUCUAUCCAGGGAGGAUGCUGCUUAUGCAGACCAUCACUCUGCCACUUCAUCAGCACACACACUUGUUUACUUCAACUCUGGAAAAUAGUGGAGUUAUUUGGAGUUAAGCUCCUUGGCUAACUCUGAAACCCCCAUGAGGGUUUGCAAAACCCCUGAAUCCCUCCUCAAACAGCCAGUACAGUGCUCAUUUCCUUGUCGUGGUGGAGUGGCUGCAGUGGAAAGUAGAUUUAGCUGAGGACAGCUACCCUUGGAUUGUGAUUAAUUUGAUUUCCUGUCACUGUGUGAUUCACUCCAUACAUACUGUGUUUCCCAGGUAUGAGCUCUGCCUCCCCUUACUUUAUUCAGCUUGAUUUUAUAUUGCUUUAGCUACACAGCUUUGUUUGUUUGAUUUGUCUAAUUGUAACAUGCUGAAAUUGUUGGGGGGCUUUAAUUUUGAAGUUUAAAGACCAUGAAAUGAGAAAAGAUGGUGCCAGUGGUAGACAAUACAAGUUGCUUGUAGAAUACCAAGGAAACCUUGAAGUUGUUUAUUUCCUCCCAUUUGUUUCUGUGAAAGAUACAUUCAUGUGAAUAAAACAUGUUUGUGGUUGCCAUAAAAUUGUGUUUUUAUUUUCAGUUUGUUACUGUAUGUUCCCUUUACUGCCAUCAACUGUGGUCAUCAAAACGGCUUCAAAGAUUUCCAAACAAGACCGUUCUUUCAUCCAUGAGAAAAAGACAACUAGGGAGAAUUGAUAGUUUGGUUUUGAGGUCUUUUUUCAUGUUGACUCAAUUUAUUUACCAUUUUGAAGUAAAUAUGUAUCAUGUCAACUUUAAUAAUUCCAGGAUUAGGCUACUGUAUUGCCGGCAGUCCUCACGAAAUACACUGCAAAAAUAAGAUGAAGAUGAAGUUUUUGUCAGAAGACUAAUUAAUAUGUUGGCUUGUGUUUAUGUUCAAAACUAAUUAACGUCUUCAAAACCAGCUUUGCAACCAACUGCACAGUUGUUUUGUCUUUCAUUAAAUGCACAUGAGAAUG